CCCUCCUCCCCACACAUGGACUCAUCCCUCACCAGGCGCUAUAAAAACUCUGCUCUUGCUGGAGUAGUUCAGUCUCAUCAAGAACUCCACCAGACCACCAUCAUGAAAUUCGUUGCUCUCGCUCUGGCCCUUCUGCUGGCUGUCGGCUCUCAAGCCGCUUCCCUCCAGGCUGAUGCCCCAGCUCCACCAACCCAGCUCGCCCACAUUCGGGCUGCUAUGGAUAUGUACUUGACCCAGGUUAAGGAUGCCGCCACAAAGGCCCUGGAUGGCCUCGAUGGCACCGAGUACACUGAACUCAAGCUGACCUUGACUGGCCACCUGGACAACAUGUACAACCAGCUGAAGACUCUGCAGGCUUCUGUCUCCCCCAUGACCGACAGUGUCUUCACCACCAUCGCUGACGCCACCCUCGACUUCCGUACCUCCAUCGUAGCUGAUAUUGAUGCCCUGAAGACCGACCUCGAGCCCAAGCGUGCUGCCCUGAAGGAGGUCAUCGACAAGCACAUCGCUGAGUACCGCGCCCAGAUGGACCCCAUCAUCGCCGAGUACACCGCCAAGCACACACAGGACAUGGAAGCCCUGAGGGUCAAGCUGGAGCCCGUUGUGGAGCAGCUGCGCACCAAGGUGGCCACCAACAUCGAGGAGACCAAGACCGCCAUGCUGCCCAUUCUGGAAUCAGUGCGCAACAAGCUCUCCGAGCGUAUGGAGCAGCUGAAGGAGAUGGCUAAACCCUACGUCAAUGAGUACAAGGAAAUGCUGAAGCAGUCCUACGAGCAGGCCCAGACCAUCAACGCCGAUGAGAUCUCUGCCCUGAGGGAGAAGAUCACACCUUUAGCUCAGGAGAUCAAGGCUAAGCUUGAAUCCAUCUUCGCGGCCGUCCUCGCCACCGUGAACAAGAGCUAAAUCCACCCAAUACCCCAUUCCUGUAACUAACCUCACCUACCUGUCAAGUCCUAGAUCCAUUCCACCUAUUUUUCUCCAUUCCUUCUUUCCUCACAUGUGCAACCAGCUCCCUAAACGAAGCCAAUGCCUAAGUGAUGCACUUCUUUGCAACAAAAUGGCAGGACUCUUGCUCUCUCUCUUCAAUGCAGAACACCUUAUUUCAUGCACACUUGCUCAAACACAGGCAAACAAAGACAUACACAGUCACAUUCGCACACAUGCUUUACUCUGUAUGCUAUGGCCAGCUGCUUACAUUUUCUGUAGGAAUUGUGUGUGAUUUACAACAAGUGUAAUGAUGCUUGUCUGAUGAAAACUGUGCUUUGACGAAAUACAGCUCAAUAAACAUCUGACUGUUUAUACUA